GCGCUUAGGGUUGAGGCGCGACGGUCCUCAUGGCAGGAACACGGUGGCGUAAUUUCACUGACCUCCAUCUUCUUCUGCUGGUACUGCUGAUUGGCUGCUCCGCUUCUCAGAUCCGCGCUUCUUCCGAACAUGAAGUCGAUUCGAUCUUUUACGAGCCAUUUUCUGAGUCGUUUGAAGGCCGAUGGAUUGUUUCUUCCAAGGACGAGUACCAAGGGGUAUGGAAAUUGUCCAAAAGUGAGGGACAUGAUGAUUACGGGCUGUUGGUAAGUGAGAAGGCGAGGAAGUAUGCUGUGGUGAAAGAGCUCGACAAGGCUGUGAGCCUCAAGGAUGGAACCGUUGUCCUGCAGUUUGAGGUCCGGCUCCAGAACGGGCUCGAAUGUGGCGGUGCUUACUUGAAAUACCUCCGCCCCCAGCAGGCGGGUUGGAAAGCGGAGGAAUUUGACAAUGAAUCGCCUUAUUCCAUUAUGUUUGGACCGGACAAAUGUGGUUCCACAAACAAGGUUCAUUUCAUCUUCAAGCACAAGAACCCCAAGAGUGGAGAGUAUGUUGAGCACCAUCUCAAGGACCCUCCAUCCGUGCCCUCCGACAAGCUGUCUCAUGUUUAUACUGCAAUAUUGAAACCUGAUAACCAAGUUAGGAUUUUAAUUGAUGGGGAAGAGAAGAAGAAGGCAAAUCUUCUUUCAGCUAAAGAUUUCGAGCCUGCGUUGAUUCCAGCCAAGACAAUUCCUGACCCUGAGGAUAAGAAGCCAGAGGAUUGGGAUGAGCGGGUGAAGAUUCCAGACCCCAAUGCCGUUAAGCCUGAUGAUUGGGAUGAGGAUGCACCAAUGGAAAUUGAAGACGAGGAUGCUGUGAAACCUGAAGGGUGGUUGGAUGAUGAACCUGAUGAGAUUGAUGACCCUGAGGCGACAAGACCAGAAGAUUGGGACGACGAAGAGGAUGGUGUAUGGGAACCGCCGAAGGCUGAUAACCCCAAGUGUUCACUGGCACCAGGUUGUGGAGAAUGGAAGAAGCCAAUGAAACAUAAUCCUGCUUAUAAAGGAAAAUGGAGGCCUCCUAUGAUUGACAACCCCAGUUACAAGGGCAUAUGGAAGCCUCGAGAAAUUCCAAAUCCUGAUUACUUCGAGACCGAGAAACCCGACUUUGAGCCCAUUGCUGCUAUUGGCAUUGAGAUCUGGACAAUGCAGGAUGGAAUAUUGUUUGACAAUAUUCUCAUAGCUGAUAAUGAGAAGGUUGCUGAAUCUGUUAGGCUAACAACAUGGAAGCCGAAGUUUGAGACUGAGAAAGAGAAACAGAAGGCUGGGGAAGAAGCUGCAGGUCUUUCGGAUGGACUCUCAAGCUACCAGAAAAAAGUAUUCGACCUUCUCUACAAAAUAGCAGAUGUUUCUUUUUUGGAUGCAUACAAACCCAAGAUCAUUGAUCUGAUUGAGAAGGGAGAAAAACAGCCCAAUAUGACAAUUGGUGUUAUUGUUUCCGUCGUGGUUGUUCUCUUGUCAGUGUUCUUUAAACUCUUCUUUGGUGGCAAGAAACCGGUGGUAACUGUUCCUGAACCAAACAGGGCUGCGGCUGCAGAGACUCCCCGCGAUGAAGGAAGCAGUGGAGAGAAGGAAGAUGAGAAUGAGAAAGAAGAAGAAGCUGCUCCUCCUCCCCGCAGGCGGCCUACCACCAGAAGGGAAACAUGAGCAUAUAUGUGAUAUCAGUAUGUGGUUAUAUUAGCAAAAUUUUGAGAUAGAACCUAUAUGGCUAGAUUUCUUGCUAGCAUGUUUCCGAAGCUUCCUUUUAUACUUCUUAUCAGUACACUUCUUUAAGUACGAAUUAGCGCUACUCUUGUAUUGGUCGUUAUAUUUGUUUGCCUAACGUUUUCUGUUGGAGAUGGAUGCUGUUCACUCUAAAUUAAGAAUGUUCUCCUAUUUAUCCA